AUGGGCCAUGAGAAGGACAACGACGCCGUGAAAGACAUCCGGGUUCUUUCGUUCUGGAUCUCCUUCACCGUCGGCUGCAUACUGUGCAUUCUACUCCUCGUUCAACGUAUCAGACGACGACAUCUGGGCAGAUACGCACCGCCAGAGAGGCAAAUGGAUCCGCCACCCUUUUCUUUUGGCGAAAAAGAAAAGCGUGGUGGCGAUGAGGAACUAGCUGGUCUAGUGGGCCACGGAAUGCCCUACUAUCCAGGAGACCCGUCGACCUACGGCGUGGCCGGGCUCCCUUCAGCCUGUGAUAUCCUGCUGCCCCUGUCCCGUUCGACACAUCUCCCCUCGAGCGGUUAUCUUGCUGCUGUUCUAGGCCGGGAACGGAGUGUCAGCACCGCGCAAUCAUAUCAGCAGACCCAGGCACCUUGCGUUGUUGCCCCAUCCGAGCUGAGCCCCAGCUCGGGAGAUAGUCGGCCUUCCACCGCUGGGAUGGACGCUGGGCGCAGCAACGGGCUUUUGCCCGCGGAGGGAUCUGGAUCUCUUGGAUCUUGCAGGAGGACCGCCGAUCGACCGGCUGAGUCGCAGACAAUCGACACGCAAGAAUUUUCCGGGAUAUUAGCCCCAGAACGGACAUGUUCUGUCCAGAAGCGCAACCAGAUUGUCCAGCACCUUUAUGAUGUGGAUGAAGGCGGCGUUCGCACGUAUAAACGGACAAUUGUCCAGUACAACUAA